AUGAAGCAAAAUAGAGGUUUAUGUGAAGAAAUGUUUCGCCUUUUGUUAAUGGUGGCAUUGUAUUAUCCACUUUCUGUUGGACUUACUUUCUAUCAGAAGUGGUUUAUUAAGCAUUAUCGACUUCCUUUAUUUAUUGUUACCGGUCAUUAUGUAACAAAAUAUUUGAUGGCUUUAGCAAUCCGUUCAAUUGUUGAAUUUUUACAAAAAAAUAGACGGGUACGUGUUCCACUUCGUGAACAGUUAAGAUGGUUAAUGCCAAUUGGAUUUUGUGCUUCUUUAGAUAUUGGACUGUCUAAUUGGUCUUUGGAGUAUGUAACAGUUUCAUUAUAUACAAUGGCCAAGUCCAGUUCAAUUUUGUUUAUUGUUGGAUUCUCAUUAUUUCUCAAACUUGAACGCUGGCAUUCCAGUUUGGGCGUGUCUGCAUUUUUAAUAGCUGUCGGGUUAUUUCUUUUUACUUUGCAAUCUACACAACUUGAUUUUAGAGGACUUGUUCUCGUUGAAAUGGCUGCACUUUGUACAGGUUUUAGAUGGACAAUUUCUCAAUUAAUUAUGCAAGGAGAAGAAUGUUCAACUCCUGUGAGGCAUCCGCUAGAUAUGAUGAUCGCUGUCCAACCAUGGAUGUUCAUUGCCAUAGUCCCAAUUGUAAUAGUAGCUGAAGGACCUGAAAUGACGUGGGAAGUAAUUACUUCAUUUCAUAAUGAAUAUGAACCUGCACUUGUAUUUUCUUUAAUUUUUUCUGGUGGAAUUUUGGCGUUUUUAAUGGAAUUUUCUGAAUAUCUUCUUUUGGUUAAUACUUCUGGUAUUACAUUGUCAAUUGUUGGGAUUGUGAAGGAAUGCAUCAGUCUUCUAUUAGCACACCAAAUUCACGGUGAUCGUCUUUCUGAUAUAAAUAUUGUUGGUUUGGUUCUCUGCGUUUUGGGGAUGACUUUACACAGCAUUACAAAACAUACACGUCACAAAUCAGCAGUUUUAAGUUCCCCAACCCCUUCAAGAUGUAAUUCUCAAUCUUUGUCUUCUCCUUCCUCCUCACCACAAUCUAUGGGCAUUGGAAGGAGAGGAACUUGUGGAAAAAUAAAUAAUAGUACAUCCAAAAAAGUUGUGGAAUUGGAAGAUAGAAGAAAAUUACUUAUCCCAGAACAAACAAUUAUUUAA